AUGGUCUCCAUCCGACCCGCGACCAUCGAUGACCUGCCUGGGAUGCAGGCAUGUAAUCUGUGUUGCUUGCCGGAGAACUACCAGAUGAAGUAUUACCUGUACCACGCCCUUUCCUGGCCACAGCUACCUCAAGUAGCAGUCGACAGCCAAAAUCGGAUCGUGGGGUACGUCCUCGCCAAAAUGGAGGAGGACACGGACGAAGUCCAUGGGCACAUCACUUCCCUAGCAGUUAUGAGGAGUUACCGCAGACUGGGCAUUGCGACAGCCUUGAUGAGGGCGUCCAUUGCCACCAUGGAGGAGUGCUUCAGCGCGGAGUUCGUGUCGCUGCAUGUCCGAUACACAAAUCGGGCGGCCUUCUCCUUGUACUCCGAGACAUUAGGCUUUGAGAUUCGAGAUGUGGAAAAGGAGUACUAUGCAGACAAGGAGGAUGCCUAUGACAUGCGCAAGACGCUUAGAGCCGGCCAUGCUAAGCAGGAGGCCGAGAAAGGCAAGAAGAAGAACAAGGAUAACAAGGAGAACAAGGAGAACAAGGAGAAUUCCAAGGACAAGGAGAACGAGAAGAAGGAGGCCAAGGGGGCCGAGAAGAGCGACGCCAAGGCUGAAGAGGCCGACAAGGAGAAGAGCGAAGAGAAGGCGGAUGGUGAUACGGAGGAGGCAAAGAAGAAGCGCAAGAAGAAGGGCAAGAAAUAA